UAAGAAGUGACUUUUCCGUCAAUGUCCGGUAAGAGGGCAGGACUUCCUUUCUGGUUGCUAAGACACUCUUGUUUCGCUCCUUGACAACCCUGGUGGGGGUGCGCUGGCUGCGUCCCCGGCUCCGGCCCCCGCGGGAGCAGCACCCCUUGGGGAAAGACACUUUCUGCUCCCACCAAGUUGGCAGGCCUGCUUCCUGAAUCUCCCGGCUGUGUCUUAAUCACCAGUCUCAGCACCUCCUGAAAGCCCCACUCUCUCCUCCAGUGGCCACAGUGGAAGGACCAUGGGAGAAACUGAAGGGAAGAAAGAUGAUGCUGAUUAUAAGCGCCUGCAGACCUUCCCUCUGGUCAGGCACUCGGACAUGCCAGAGGAGAUGCGAGUGGAGACCAUGGAGCUAUGUGUCACAGCCUGUGAGAAAUUCUCCAACAACAAUGAGAGUGCCGCCAAGAUGAUCAAAGAGACAAUGGACAAGAAGUUUGGCUCCUCGUGGCACGUGGUGAUUGGCGAGGGCUUUGGGUUUGAGAUCACACAUGAGGUGAAGAACCUGCUGUACCUGUACUUCGGAGGGACCCUGGCAGUGUGUGUCUGGAAGUGCUCCUGACACUCUGUACCCCACCCCAGCCCCCCGUUCCCUGCAGGGGCUUCUUCUGCCACUCUUCAGGGAUGGGGAGCAGCCACAGGCAGGCCUGGGUUCUGUGAAGGAGAGUGGGGUCUUUCUUUUCGUCCUGUGUACCAGUUUCCUGAGCC